AUGCAAGAUGUGCAGUAUAAGGGUGCUGACACCAUGAUUCCCCCUGCAUACAGUAUAUGUAUGAUAAAUCUGCCUUACAAACUCGACUCUCAGACGAUAAUUAGAGUAAAAAAUACCUGGUACCUUGACAAGUUUGAGAACCAACCAAGCUCUAAGGUACUCCGUAAAUUACACUUUCGGGUCGACCCACAUUGGGGUAACUGGAUGAUAGAGGAGAAGUGCAGGAAUGCAUGGGUAUUGCUUUACUUUAGCGCAUACAGUAGCGUGGAUGACUCCUAUUCCUAA